AUGAGCCAAUCUGACACAGACCUCGCAACCAUCGAGCCGAGGUGGCUCCAGCUCUUCUCCACGGUCGAGGACAAGUUUCGAACCUCCGGAAUCGACGGCGAUAAGUGGUAUUUGACAGUGUUGAGUGCACUAACGACUACACCCGAAUCACAAGUCUGUGCCCAGCUAUACCUGUACCUGAUCAGUCAACAUGCAUAUGCAACAAGGGACGCCCGUCAGAAGUUGAUCCGGCGCAUGCGCGAGGCACUGUUCAAAGACAUUGGCCUGAUAGGACUGCCACGGCCUACAGAAUCACUGAUUGAGAUCACGAAGGUUCUGUCAGAGGAAGAUGCGGAAUACAGCUACAGUCGCGAAGGGUGGCACUGUGAUGGGUUGAAUCAUGACCGUGGGAUGGGAUGGCUGGAAAGAAUAUAUGCCCACAAUACCACGGCGCUGUUUGAAUUGUUCAAGAAGCACCCCGACUUUGGCUUUUGGGUUGCAGAUAUCACGUAUGGGCUCCUCUUGUCCGACCGUCAGGUCUUGGAUGACGUGGAUACAGAAUUGGUCGUACUACCGGCGGUGAUGGGUCAAGACCUGCCGCGGAUGACCUAUUGGCAUAUUCGGGGGACUAGGCGUUUGGGGGUGUGCAAGGAGGACUUGCAGAUGGUCAUGGAUUGUGUGCAUUUGGUGGUGGAAUCUUGUGGUGUGACCUUGAAGCGAAUACCCAGUGUGGACUCAGUCGACAAAGAUUUGUGA